UAAGUAAUAUUUAUUCUAAUAUGUUUUGACUAUUUUUAAGGAAUAUUGAAACAAUGAAAAGAGCAAGCUAUGCGCAAACUCAAAAUGGUCAGUUGCGCAUUUGGGGUUUACAUAAGUAUUUGAAGGGAGUAGUAAUCGAUUGGACGACGUGAGCGGUCUCCAUUUCUCAUAUACGUAUAGCUGAACUCCUGUUUAGUGUGACGAAGGGUAUUAUAACUCUUCAAAGUUAACAAAAAUGGUUAAAAUGGAUCAUGAUGAUGGAAAAAAUGAGCCAGAACAUGUUAGAAAAUUAUUUAUUGGUGGUUUAGAUUAUAGAACUACAGAUGAUUCACUAAAGAAACAUUUUGAAAAAUGGGGUGAAAUUGUUGAUGUAGUUGUAAUGAAGGACCCCAAAACAAAGAGAUCCAGGGGAUUUGGUUUUAUUACUUAUUCCCGUGCUCACAUGGUGGAUGAUGCUCAGAAUGCAAGACCACACAGAGUAGAUGGGCGCGUCGUUGAACCAAAAAGAGCUGUUCCUAGGCAAGAGAUUGGUAGGCCUGAAGCUGGAGCAACAGUGAAAAAGUUGUUCGUGGGUGGUUUGAAAGAUGAUCACGAAGAAGAAGAUCUUAGGCAAUAUUUUCAGAGUUAUGGCAGUAUAAAUUCAAUCAGUAUUGUUACUGACAAAGAAACCGGCAAAAAACGUGGUUUCGGUUUUGUAGAAUUUGAUGAUUAUGACCCUGUUGAUAAAAUUUGUUUACAACGUAAUCACCAAAUACGUGGAAAACAUGUAGACGUGAAAAAGGCUUUAAGUAGAGCAGAGAUGGCUUCUGCGUCUGGCGGAGGUGGUAGUGGUGUUGGCGGUAGCAGAGGAGGGCAAAACGUGGGAAGAGGACCUCGUGGUGGUAAUCAGGGAGGUGGCAACUGGGGAGGACGAGGAAGCGGUGGUGGCGGUGACUGGAAUAAUGGUGGUAAUCAGGGUGGUUAUGGUGGAGGUAAUCAAGGAGGUUGGGGUGGUAACGGCCCUUGGGAGAAUCAGAAUCAAGGUAAAGGAGGUGGGUGGGGAGGACAAGGAGGACAGGGCGGAUACAACAGUGGUGGAAAUUGGAGUAAUGAUAACUUUGGUGGGGGUUAUCAACAAGGCUACGGUGGUGGACCAGUACGGAAUAACUUCAACUCUGGAGGAAGACCAGCUCCCUAUGGUAUUAAUACGGGUCCUAGUGGCCGACAAUCUGGAGAUUCGAGAUGGCUACCACCCUUCGGUGGACAAGGUCCUAUGGGCGGUGGUAACUCUGGUGGCGGUGGUGGUGGUGGCGGUGGAUAUGGCAACCAAGGGGGCUAUGGCGGCAGUUCUCUUGGUGGUGGCAAUAUGGGAGGAGGAGGCGGAGGUGGUGGAAGGAGAUACUAAGCUGAUACUUUAUCCAUGGGGACUCCCUCACGUGAGCGCUCCGAGUCGCAACUGCCAUUAUCAGUUAUUCACCGUGGGAGGUAAGUUCAAGUAAAUUAAUUUAUUUUCAUCAUUCCUUUAGAACGUUUAACAUCAAUAUUUUUCAUAUUCUUCCACGAGUCUAUAAUCCACGUUUCUGAAAGUUCGCAAGUAAUUUUUCUGAUAAAUUCAAUCAAAUAAUUGCAAAUCUUGAUCAAUUCAAACACGGUAAUAAACGUAUUGGUUAAAAAUUAUGUAACUCUGGUUGCAACAAAAUCGAGAAACUAUAAACUUUCUUCACCAAAGGAAUCUCUUUUACAAAGUUUUGAUAUUAAUUCGAUAGAUGAUAAGCAUGUUUCAGUUUUUAAUCGACAACAAGUGCAAUUCAAUUUACUCUUGGUUAAAGCUUAAACAAGUUAUUAUUUGCAGAGAUACUUUAUAUAUUACAAUAACGUAGGAUACAAAUUUGACAAAUUUUUAUUUCUAAGUAACAGAAGUAUGUAACGUCACAAGAUGGAAAUAUUUAAAGACUCAGAUAUUUGAAAACCAAUAAUCUGUUGCAAGGACAAAGUAGAAACAGGGUAGUUCUGUCAUAUUUCUGUUUCCAAUUGAUACUGACCAACCUGUAAAAUCAAGUCGGAGUAUUCCUACUCACUGAUAUUUGAAAGUCUAUAGAAAAGCAUGUACAAGGUGAACGACAUAACUUGAUCACCUUGUGUCUCGGUUAUUUUUAACGAUAGAAUAACAAUCAAAAGAAGAAUAGUUUGUUUCGAAGGGAUGAAUAUUAUGAAGAGUAAACAUGUUUUUCAAAAUCAUAUUUUCCCAGAUUUCAAAGUUACCAAUGUUUUUUCUAUAAAUAAAAUGUGUCAUUUACUUAACCUUUGAUAACAGAAUUCAAAAAUAUCAAUAUUGUUCGGUAUGACCUUGGAAAAGUUAUUCAUAAUGUUCAACCUUUGCAAUGAAGCAUGUUCUUCCUUUGCCAUUUUUUCUGUCACUGAAAAUAACAGAGUUACUCGUGAUAAUCAAAUUAUGUUUUCCAUCGUGUAUACACAUUUGUGCAGUAAAUGAAACUGCAACGUUUGCAGGACACAUUGAUUUAUGCAAUUCAACCCUAAUUGACUUCUAUACUAUAGGCAACAUGUACAUAAUUAGAAAUUG